UUUCAGCCGGCCGCUAUUUUUUUUUAGCCUGCGAUGGCCGGCGUUAACCGCGCUUCGGUUAGUACUAAGUAUACCCAAUUAGUUAGGUUAUGUACACCAAUGUCUAUCGUUCAGGGUUAUAGUUCUAGUGAAGAUGAUGAUACUGGAGAGACUGUUCUGGGACAACUUCCCGUAUACGAAUUGGAGGUCUAUAGCGAUCUCCAGCCCCAAACUAAGACUUCCACUAACAUUCAGCGAGUUGUGGGUGGGACCAUUCAACAGUCGUACUUAGACGUAGCGACGUUAAAGAAGUCAAGCCGAACAUCAGCAGAGUCGAAGCAGCUUCAAAGGGAGCUAAAGAAGAAGAGAAAACUACAGAAAGACGGGGAGUGGUCAUCGCCAUGGGCCGAGUAUGAUGAUGAAGAGACGGCUAAGGAAGUAGUUGAACAACAACAAGAAGAAGAACAAGAAGAAGAACAAGAGGAAGAGGAACAGGAACAAGAACAGGUAGAAGAAGAAGACACAGACCUGCUGGCUGAGUUCAAACCCCACUCAGAAUUCGUAGGUUCCUCCCAGUACGAUUACUUGGGUAGAUCAUAUAUGCACAUUCCUCGGGAUUUGGGUAUAGACUUGACCAGGUCGACAAGUCAGCAUGAAUGUUAUGUACCUAAAACAAUAUUGCAUACAUUCGAUGGACAUGAUAAGGGAGUUACCAAAUUGGAAUAUUUCCCGCAAUCAGGACACUUGUUAUUAUCUGCUGGUAAUGAUGGACUUAUAAAACUCUGGGAUCUCUACCAUAAACGAGAAUUACUCCGAGUAUAUACUGGCCAUACCCAUUCGGUUAGAGAUGUAUCAUUUAAUAAAUCCGGAUCCGAAUUCAUUCUGUGUGGAUUCGAUAAACAAAUACAUAUCUGGAAUACUGAAACAGGACAAAUCCGUAAGACGAUAAGGGUCAAGGCACUUCCUAAUACGGUAAGGUUCCAUCCUCAAAAUCAGAAUGAAUUUAUUGUGGGAUUAAGUAAUCAUAAGAUUGAACAUUAUGAUAUGGAUACUUUACAUUAUCAGGUACCCAUCCAAUCAUAUGAUCAUCAUUUAGGAUCCAUCAAUUCAUUAACAAUAAUCGAUGAAGGGAAUCGAUUUAUGUCAACGGCCGAUGAUAAGACAGUUCGAUUUUGGGAUUGGCAGGUCAAUAUUCCUGUCAAGUUCAUAUCUGAUCCGUCACAACAUGCAUUGAAUGCUCCUGUAGUAUACCCUGGAGGUAAUUAUAUUGCAUUUCAAAGUGCCGAUAACUCUAUAAGAGUCAUUCAAGGGUAUGGUAAAUAUAGGUUUAAUAAGAAGAAAUUGUUUAAAGGUCAUUUAGUGGCAGGGUAUAAUAUUGGGAUUGAUAUAUCUCCUGAUGGUAAAAUCAUCUGUAGUGGAGAUAGUCAAGGUCAAGUCUACUUUUGGGAUUGGAAAUCUGGUAAACUUAUCAAUAGUAUUAAAGUUAGUAAAAGGCCAAUUAAUGGAAUAAAAUUCCAUCCCCAAGAGCCCAGUAAAGUGGUGGCCGCAGGGUUAUCGGGAGAGAUAUAUUACUGUGACUGAAUGAAUGUAUGU